CACACGUAUUAAUCAUCCUAAGGUAAAAAACACACCACCGUUACCACUGAAGACAGGACCCAAGCCACAUGUAUUGCUUAGCAGGCAUCUUUUUAAACUCUAAAGCUCUGACAUAUGUGAGAGCAGUGCUGUAACUUUUACUGAAUUGAAUAGUCAUUCUUGUUCCACGCUUGCACCUCAGGAUACAGAGCUGGCAGAGAGAAAUUUGGGAGUGGUGUGAUCUUAGUGACAUGCUCAUAGUUUCCAUGAAUUCCAGCAGCUCAGACUUCUGGGAAGAUGUUUUUGUGUGUAUGUGGUGUUAGUUAAAAAUUUCUUCUGCAGUCAGUAUAAUGCACUUACUGUAUUUACUGAGCAGAUGACUUAGGUUGUCAGUUUUAAGCAAGGCAGGAGGUGGUUAAUAGGCUGUAUAUUUGACCCGGAGCUGUUUAAAUAUAUUUUAUCUGGAAAAGGGGGUUGGACAGAGAGGUGGCUGCAUUUGCAGUGGAGACAAACAUUCGCGGGUUAGCUAGAACUAAAGGAUUAUGAGGAACGUCAGAGGGACCUAACAACAUGGUAUCAAAUGAAAUUCACUGCAGGGACUCUGAGCUCCGCUGCCCGUGAGCGUUCAGCGUGCCCUGCUUGCCGGCGCCUGUUCCAGGUUACUCCAGCGUGUCUCUGGACCGGACUAAGGAUCGCCUGGUCACCAUGAUCCUGGGUUUGAGUCCCCGACACCCCCUCCUGGUGAUGCUCUGCCUCCUGGGCAUCUCCUGCCAGGUGCGGGGUGGCACGGACGCCUCGCCGCAGCCCGCCGUCACUGCAGCUUCCUUCCUGCAGGAUCUCCUGCGCCGGUACGGCGAGAGCGACGUGCUGACCCUGCAGCAGCUCAAGGCCCUGCUGAAUCGCCUCGAUGUGGGGGUGGGGCACGAGAACAUCUCCCGAUCGGAGCCGCAGCGCAGGAACCUCUCCCGGUGUUUCAGCUCCUCCGAGCUCUUUGCCGCCCACAACCUGAGCGAAGGGUCCCAUGUUGGCCCGAGCAAGUUCCAGGAGUUCUGCCCGACCAUCCUGCAGCAGCUGGAGUCUCGGGCGUGCACGGCAGAGAACCUAGAGAACGAGGAGAAUGAGCAGACGGAGGAGGGGAAGCCCAGCUCGGCGGAAGUCUGGGGUUACGGUUUCCUCUGCGUGACCGUCAUCUCCCUCUGCUCCCUGGUGGGAGCCAGCGUGGUGCCCUUCAUGAAGAAGACCUUUUACAAGCGGCUGCUCCUCUACUUCAUAGCUCUGGCGAUUGGAACUCUCUACUCCAAUGCCCUCUUCCAGCUCAUCCCCGAGGCCUUUGGAUUCAACCCUAAGGAGGAUUAUUAUGUCUCCAAAUCUGCAGUGGUCUUUGGGGGCUUUUACUUGUUCUUCUUCACAGAGAAAAUCCUGAAGAUGCUUCUCAAGCAGAAAGAUCAGCACCAUCAUGGGCACAGCCACUACAGCCCUGAGACCCUCCCCUCCAAGAAGGACCAGGAGGAAGGGGUCACUGAAAAACUGCAGAAUGGGGACAUGGAUCAUAUGAUCCCUCACAGAACCAGUGAGCUAGAGUGCAAGAACCCAUCUGUGGAUGAGAAGGUCAUUGUGGGCUCUCUGUCUGUCCAGGACCUGCAGGCUUCCCAAAGUGCGUGCUACUGGCUGAAGGGGGUGCGAUACUCUGACAUUGGCACGCUGGCCUGGAUGAUCACCCUGAGUGACGGGCUCCACAACUUCAUCGACGGCCUGGCCAUCGGUGCCUCCUUCACCGUGUCUGUCUUCCAAGGGAUCAGCACCUCCGUGGCCAUCCUCUGCGAGGAGUUCCCCCACGAGCUGGGUGACUUCGUCAUCCUGCUAAACGCCGGAAUGACAAUCCAGCAGGCGCUCUUCUUCAACUUCAUCUCGGCCUGCUGCUGCUACCUAGGAUUGGCCUUUGGGAUCCUGGCCGGCAGCCACUUCUCUGCCAACUGGAUCUUUGCUCUGGCUGGUGGGAUGUUCCUCUACAUUGCGUUGGCUGAUAUGUUCCCGGAGAUGAAUGAAGUGAGCCAGGAGGACGAGCGGAACGGCAGUGCCUUGAUUGCCUUUGCUAUCCAGAACGCAGGGCUGCUGACCGGAUUCAUUAUCAUGCUGCUGCUCACCAUGUUCUCAGGCCAGAUCCAGAUAGGGUAGGGACGGGCCUGGUUUGAUUGGGCUUUCCCACGUCGGACUGCAUACGGACUGACGGCACCUGUAUGAGACAUCAGCGUUGCAAAAGCACUACAGAAAAGAGGCAUUUUUUUUAAAACUAUCCCAUAGACUUUGUAUCGUUUAUUUCAGGGGGGCUGAUGAAGCUCCUUGCCCUAGAUCUAUAGUGACCCAAGGACCUGUAUCCAGUGUAGCGUCCCUUCCUCUACUCUCCUUGCAUCAAAGGGACUCCUGGGAAGGACGUGUGAGAGGAUCAGGAGAAUGGACUCUCUGGCUGCAUCGUCCCCUUCGGAGAGCUCCAACCAUGGACAUUACUUCUUUCCUUCCUCUUCGGGUGGCUGCGGAUGGGGGAUGGAUGUGGUGUCGGCGCUGGACGGGAGGCCACUUUACCAAGGCAGAUGCUGUGCUUGAGGCUUGUACUAGUCCAUCCCUCGUACUCCAUCCCUCCAUGGGCAAUGGAAAUGUGAGGCAUAGGAACAGCCGUGGGUCCCAGGACAGCCCCAGUAUUUACAUGCGUUACCUGUAGCCUCCAAUGCUCCGGUUGUGCAGGUAGCCGGUGUUUCUCUUUAGCAUGGGGAGCAUGCCUGCCUUUUGGACCUAAAUAUGGAGUCGAGACCUGUUCGAGAGCGGCUCUUUCCUCCAAAAGCUUCACUUGCCAGCAUCUCUGCAGUGUGCGCUGGGCUGGAGGAAAGGGGCGGAGUGUGAAAGCGAGAUGAAGAGGUCUGGGAAGGUCGCACAGGGAGAGGGAUGAGCAAGAACGUAUCCUGCUGCUGUGCUGGAAUGAUCCUUUCCUGGCACAGGUAGUGGAUACUGAACUGGGCAGGCAGCCUUGGUUUCCCUGCUCUCCUAGUCACAGCUGUUGCUGCUCUUGUCUCUUCCCACUGGCUGCACGGGCAACACUGAAGAUACCAGGGCAGAAGAAGUGUUUGACAUGCAGUCAGACUGGCUUCGGGGGGGGCGAGGGGGGAGUUUAAUGAACUAUACAGUUGCAUCUGGUGGUCAGAAUUACUGUAAUGGACACUUCUGGGUGGCUUCCAGGAGGUAGAACAGCCAAACACCGCUGCCUCUUGCAGGAGUCCCUCCACAAAGAGGAAAAGUGCUUAGAUCCCUCCAUCCUAACUCGGGACACUUUGAGAGCAGAGGGAGCGGAGCCGUGAAGCGCAGAUGCUGCAGGAUCUCACCAUUGCAAGGGAAGAGCAUGGCAGCUGCAGUCAGACCAGGGCGGUGUGGAACACAAGUCCUGGUGCCAGUUUCUCAGGCCUUCCUGCGAGAGCGAUCCUUACACUGUGACCAGGUUCACUUGGAAUUGGACAUCUGGUUUUAAACACUGACACUGCUGAGUUUCAAGGUUUUUUAAAAAUACUGUACGUUUCUUCAGGGCACAGGGUCCCAGGAACACAGGCUGUGGAACUGGAACCCAGCUCUGGGUAGCAGUAGGAGCUGGGAAGGGAGUUAAAGGCAUUUCAGAGCUCUGCUUCUGGGCUAGCUUUCCUCCGAUUCACUAGGUGAACCGACUUAUUGUUAAUGUUUGGUCCCUUCAGCUUGGGCAGGGAAUGAGGUUCCAGACUCUGCCUCCCAUGGUUGUGAAUUUAUGGCUGCUGACUAACAGAAGUUCCUGCCUCUGCUACUAGCUUGUUGGGUGACCUUGGGCUAGUCGCUUCCCCUCCCCCCCCCUUUCUGUGCCUCCA